CUUACAUACAUGUAAAACACCAGAAUUACACAAUUUGAUUCCAACUCCAUCCUUUAGUUUCAUCCCCUUCUGUGCAGAUCUUAUACGUUUGGAUUGAGACCAUAGUGAUUCACCAUGAAUAUAGCCUUGCUUCUGCUUUUUUUGGUUUUCUGUAAGGGUUCUCAUACUAGUGGACUAAUUACUAAUGUCACUACAAGACCUGAUGUAUUGAACAUUGGUUCGAUGUUCACUUUCGAUUCUGUCAUUGGGAAAAUUGCAAAACUUGCCAUAACACUUGCGGUUGAAGAUGUCAAUUCCAAUCCCAACAUUCUCAAUGGCACAAAGCUCUCACUCAAAAUGCAUAACACCAAAUCGAGUGACUUCCUCGGAAUCGUUGAAGCUUUGCAGUUUAUGGAGAAUGACACAGUGGCCAUAAUUGGCCCCCAAUUCUCAGCUACAGCUCACGUUAUCUCACACAUAGCAAAUGAGCUCCAAGUGCCUUUGUUAUCAUUUGCAGCAACAGAUCCUACUCUAUCUCCUGUUCAGUUCCCUUUCUUGGUUCGAACAACGCGAAGCGAUCUCUUUCAGAUGACAGCAGUGGUAGACCUUGUUGUUCACUACGAGUGGCGAGAUGUCAUAGCAAUAUAUGUAGAUGACGAUUUUGGAAGAAAUGCUAUUGCUUCCUUGGGUGAUAAGCUAGCCGAAAAGCGCUGCAAGAUUUCAUACAAAGUUCCUUUGACUCCCACAGCAACAAAAGAGGAGAUCAGAAAGGCACUGAUCAGUGUGUCUACAAUGGAGUCUAGGAUUCUGAUCCUGCACAUUUAUACUAGUUGGGGUCUGCAAGUACUUGAAGAAGCGCAGGAGCAGAAGAUGAUGGAUAGUGGAUAUGUGUGGAUUGCUACUGAUUGGUUCUCCACCAUUUUAGAUACAGAUCCUUCUCUCCCUCUAGUGCAAACAAACAACAUCCAAGGCGUUCUCACAUUGCGAAUGUACACACCCGAUUCACAACUCAAGACGGAAUUCAAGUCGAGAUGGAGCAACUUGACUAAGGCAAGAAGAUUACUUAAUGACACUUCUUUUGGUUUAAAUACAUAUGGCCUAUACGCGUAUGACUCGGUGUUGCUUCUUGCUCAAGCAAUUGAAUCAUUUUUCGCUAAUGGGUGGAACAUUUCCUUUUCAAAUGACACAAAUUUGAGGGAGUUAAGUGGUGGGAAGUUGAAUCUUGAUGCUUUGAACAUUUUCAAUGGAGGCAGGCAAUUGCUCAAAAGCAUUUUAGAGGUUAACACAACUGGCUUAACAGGACCGAUUAAGUUUGAUGCUGAUGGGAACUUACUCAAUCCUGCAUUUGAAGUCAUCAAUGUGAUUGGCACAGGGACUAGAACUAUUGGCUAUUGGUCUAACUCCUCUGGGUUAAAUGUUCUUCCUCCAGAAAAGCUCCAAAUGAAGAUGCAGACUAAUGGCUCCAGCCCCGGUACUCAAAAACUGUACAGUGUGAUCUGGCCUGGACAAACAACUGAGAAGCCUCGCGGAUGGGUUUUCCCUUACAAUGGCAGAAAGCUCAGGAUUGGAGUCCCCCAUCGAGUUAGCUAUCCCGAGUUUGUGGGUAUAAAAGGCACUGAUUUCAGUGGUUACUGCAUUGAGGUCUUUCAGGCUGCACUAAAUGAGUUACCAUAUGGUGUACCAUACAAGUAUAUCCCUUUUGGAGAUGGUAUCAAAAACCCAGAAAACAAUGACCUUCUCCACAGAGUCCAAAUUGGGGAGUUUGAUGGUGUAGUAGGAGAUAUUACAAUCACUACUAACAGAACAAAGAUGGUAGAUUUUACUCAACCUUAUAUUGAGUCUGGGCUAGUUGUGGUUGCUCCAAUAAGGAAGAUGGACUCCAGUGCUUGGGCUUUCCUGAGACCCUUUACUCCAAUGAUGUGGGGUGUUACUGGUGUUUUCUUCCUAGUUGUGGGAACAGUUGUUUGGAUUUUGGAGCGCAGGACUAAUGAGGAUUUUAGGGGGCCUCCCAAAAGACAAUUGGUCACAAUUGUUUGGUUUAGCUUUUCGACUUUGUUCUUCUCCCAGAAAGAGAAAACCGGCAGCACACUUGGUCGCUUUGUGGUAAUCAUAUGGCUAUUUGUGGUACUAAUACUCAACUCCAGCUACACUGCAAGCUUGACUUCGAUCCUCACAGUGGAGCAACUUUCUUCACCUGUGAAAGGGAUUGAAAGUUUAGCAACAGGCACUGAGCCCAUUGGUUAUCUAAGGGGUUCCUUUGCUGAAGCUUACUUAACCGACGAGCUGAACAUACAUCAUAGCAGACUUGUUGCCCUUAACUCGCCGGAAGAUUAUGAGAAGGCCUUGAAGAAAGGUCCUAGUGCAGGUGGUGUUGCUGCAGUGAUUGAUGAGCGUGCUUACAUGGAGCUCUUCCUCUCUAGUCGAUGUGGAUAUAGUAUUGUUGGUCAAGAGUUCACUAAAAUGGGUUGGGGAUUUGCCUUUUCGAGGGACUCGCCAUUGGCAAUCGACAUGUCGACCGCCAUAUUGAAGCUAUCGGAGAACGGAAACCUGCAAAAGAUCCAUGACAAGUGGCUAAUGAAAAGUGCUUGCAGUGCAGAAGGAGCAAAGCAAGCAGUAGACCGUCUUCAGCUAAAGAGCUUUUGGGGCCUCUUUCUACUAAGCGGCAUUGCUUGCUUUCUUGCUCUUCUUCUUUAUGUUCUUCGCAUGGUUCGACAGUACUACCGGCAUGCAGAUUCCGACAUCGAGUGCUCACAAUCAACAGGACGACUGAAGUCGUUUGUUUCGUUUGUAAAUAAGAGGGAACAAGAAGUGAAAAGCAGUUCCAAGGGAAGAAGGACUGAUAACAAAGCCUCAAAUAAGAUAGUGCAUCAUCAAGAAUGCAGUAGCGAUGGUUUGGACUUGACUAGCUAGACGUUUUCUCUACUACUUAGCAGUAAAGCCUGAAUAUGUACACCUUAAAUUUCAUGCAACUUUUAUCAAACAGUUAGGUGAUCACACUUGGCCUUUGGGUGGAUGUAAGCAGAUGUGAAAUGCAAA